AGCAAUUAUUCCUCAAAAUGGAGAGACAGGAUCUAAAGAGAUGUUACCCAUAAUGCUUGAAGAUGAAGAUUCUUCUUCAAUUAUUUAAAACUCUGUUACUGUUUAUUUAAUAUUUAUUUAUCAUGUGAUGUAAUUAUUUUUUGAAUUAAUGAUAGUUUUUAUAGUUAAUUUUAAUUUCUUAAUAGUUGAAGACCAUAUAAACUAUUUUCAAAUACUCCACCCAGUGAACCAUCAAUUUCACUACAUCUAAUGAAAACAGAUAAGAAAACCAUGUUGAAACGGUAGGUUUGUCUGGAGUCCUCCCUUCAGAGGUUUAUUUAGGCCUAGCAGUGUGGACCCCAGCCCAUAAUAAUCCUGCAGACACACCUGUAGAGGAGAGUAUAAAGACCCUGGUCAGCACUGAGUCAAACAUAAAGCAUCAGGAGUGUCUCCACAGCAGCUCUCCACAGAAGCUCCACAGCCUCCAGACCGACCCUGAAGAUGACUCCCACUGCCAGCCUGCUGCUGCUGCUCCUGCUCGGCCUCUCUCAGUCUCUUCCUCUCCAGGAGGAAGAAAGCGAGGAAGAGGCCCCUGACGACACCGUUGACAUCACCACCAGGAUUCUGACCUCCAACAACGGCACCGAUGAGAUCCUGCUGGAAGGAGACCUGCUGGCUCCCAGAACCAGAAACGCCAUGAGGUGCUGGUCCCAGAGCUGCCUGUGGAGGAAAGGCUCCAACGGCUUGGUCGUGAUCCCCUUCACCGUGAGCAGAGAGUUCACCAGCUGGGAGAGGCAGAAGAUCGACUCCGCCAUGAAGUCCUUCCACAGCAGGACCUGCAUUCGCUUCGCCCCCCGUCAGAACGAGCGCGACUACAUCAGCUUUGAGAACAAAGCCGGAUGUUUCUCCGCUCUGGGCAGAGUGGGAGGCAGACAGGUGCUCUCUCUCAACAGGCAGGGCUGCAUCUACCACGGCAUCGUCCAGCACGAGAUCAACCACGCUCUGGGCUUCCAGCACGAGCAGACCAGGAGCGACCGCGACAACCAUGUCAGGAUCAACUGGGAGAACAUCAACCCACAGAUGGCCUACAACUUCUACAAGCAGUCCACCAACAACCUCAACACUCCCUACGACUACUCCUCCAUCAUGCACUAUGGAAAAACUGCCUUCUCCAUCCAGUACGGAAGAGACAGCAUCACCCCCAUCCCCGACCCCAACGCCCAGAUCGGCCAGAGGCAGGGCAUGUCCUACUGGGACAUCAUGAGGAUCCACAGGCUCUAUGGCUGCUAACAACAAUGUUGACGCCUCAUAUACUAAAUUGACA